GGGGGCGUGUCUAAGCUUUGAUUGACGUCUGUCCUUGAGCUCCCGAGAGAAAUUAACCGAGCGUGUGUGUUGCUGUGGAAAGAGUGGAAACGGCGGAGAGGAGCGCGGCAGAUGUGAGAGGGGAAACCGGUCCUGCUGGACGCGGUCUUCAGGGAGAAGUUAGGCGCUUCGAGGUGUGUAGAGGAGGAGACCCGACAGGAGUGAACGCACCUCCUCCGGCGGGCGAAGUGUUCUAGCUAACCCGGCGGUGUGAGCAGCGCACAGACCGAUGUAGGAAAGCUGGCUAAAGUUACCCCGCGGGCAUAAACGCGCACACACGGCUUCCUGACAUAUUCCGAGCAGCUCGUGUUCAGCCUGUCCGCCGCGAGGUGUGUGUUCGGCGGCGAAUUCACACUUCAGUGAAGUCCGCCUGUUUUCUAACAGCGCUGGAGCUCCGUUCACCUCUCUCUGUGGAUUUCUGUCUGUCUGUCUGUCUGCCUGCCUGCCUGCCUGUCUGUCUGUCUGUCUCACUUCAUGGCUCUGAACGCGGACGGAUUACUGCAGAUCGGCUCCUCCAGCGACAGCUUAACCCCACACACUGAUGGACUCUAGAGCUGACAGUGAGUGAGUGAGUGAGUGAGUGAGGGGUGAGUAUGAAGUGUGGAGAGUGUGUGAGGACCUGAGCCUAAACUUGACCUCACCAUGGACCAGAGGAAGAAGAGGAAGGAGGAGAACGGGACAGGCUCACCAGCACAGCCACAGCUCCGCAUCAACAUGCCGAGCACAGCAAAGGAAAGAGUUCCCAGUGUGGACCCAUAUGGAUUUGAGAGAUCUGCUGACUUUGACUACAAUACCUAUGAGGAGCUCAUGUCGGAGUACUUGGCCAUACUCACUAGAAGGUCCAUCAAAUGGUCAAAAAUGCUGCAGGGGAGGAGCCGAGUCGAAAGGAAUCUAAAGGUAAAACGUUAUGUACGGAAGGGAGUCCCGAAUGAGCACCGGGCUUUGAUCUGGUUGGCAGCGAGUGGCUCUCAGGAGCAGAUGGAGAAGAACGCAGGCUACUACCAGUCACUGCUUCAAGCCCAACAUGACCCUAAACUGGUGGAAGCCAUUCGCACAGAUUUGCACAGGACCUUUCCAGACAAUGUACAGUUCCAGAAGACAGCCAACCCGUGCCUGCAGAAGACCUUGUAUAACGUACUGGUAGCUUAUGGACACCACAACAAGGCAGUGGGGUACUGUCAGGGGAUGAACUUCAUCGCUGGGUACCUCAUCAUCAUCACCAAAGAUGAAGAGAAGUCCUUCUGGUUGAUGGAGGCCCUUAUAGGCAGGAUACUUCCAGAUUACUACACACCAGCCAUGUUGGGCCUGAAGACAGACCAGGAGGUGCUGGGCGAGCUGGUGAAGGUUAAAGUGCCGGCUGUGUGGCAGGCCAUGACACAGCACAAUGUCAUGUGGACGCUGGUGGUGUCGCGCUGGUUCAUCUGCCUCUUCAUUGACAUCCUGCCUGUAGAGACCGUUCUGCGGAUCUGGGACUGCUUGUUCUACGAGGGAUCUAAGAUUCUGUUCCGUGUGGCGUUGACUCUGAUCCACCACAACCAGGACCUCAUCCUGCAGGCGCGGAACCUUCCAGACAUCUGCGACCGCUUCAAACAGAUCACCAAGGGCGCCUUUGUGGAGGACUGCCACACUUUUAUGCAGAAAAUUUUCAAAGAACCUGGCAGCCUCUCCAAGGCAACCAUCACCAAGCUGCGGGAGGCCUGUCGAGCGAAGAUUAUGGCUGAAGAAUCCUGACCCUGUCCCAAACCCCCCACCCCUCCUCCCCAACGCACCAAGCAUUCCAGACUCAUUUGCACUGUCCUACUAAACUGAGACUGUUUAGAGCCUGUUAGAGUUCCUGCAUGGCGUAAUGAAGAUACAGGGGGCUGUUUUUCUUACAUUGUUAGAUGUAGCCUGUACCGUAACUCUACAAUGAGCAGCUAGGGCCACAUUGACUAGGACUGUAUGUUGUUCAGAUUGUACAGAGCAAACUUGCUCAUUUAUUAUUGAACCACUGUAAUGAAUUGUAUCUCUGCGCAAUAUUCAGCUUUUAAACAUGCUAUAGAUUUGCUUAAACUGACUUGCUGUCAGUUCUGUGAGUCUUAUCGCAGAGACCUGCUCUAAUAUAGUAUAUCGCUGUUGUUGGAAGAAUACCUUGUAGCUCCAAAACAAGAACUUUACAGGAAAUGGGGAAAAAAAACCUUCUUUACUUUUAGUUCAAGUCAAUAGAAACAGACUCCAAGUCCAUUUGGGUCAUUUCUUUUAGUCCAUUCAUCAUGAAAUGUACAUACACUGUAUGGGGGUACAGGCAUUUUCAAUUUAUAUCAAAAACAUUCAAAAAUGGAGGUUUUCUUCUAACAGCAACGAUGUGGUGGUGGUGGUGGCACAAGUCUUAAAGGUUUCAGCCUGAUGUAGAUUUUUUCCCUCAAAGGCUUAUAAACUUGUCAUAUAAACUUUGCACAUUUCUCCAGAUAGACUCCAAAAAGUGUCUAUGUGGGUUUGUUGACUGUUAGUUAAACUACUGUGAAAUGGAGAGUCCGGUACUACUGUGUAUGAAACACGACAUGGGAUGUUUUUUCCCCCAAGGGCUUCCGUCAGAGACUUUUCUCCAUGUUCGAGUCUUGAUACUUUGAAAUUGUUCAGCAUUUGACAUGACACAUGUGGCGUGUGACAAGAUCAUGUAAAAUGUGUGUGAUGUCGGGAAUUCUCACCUGUGGAAUGUGUAAAAUCUUUUUUCUGACCCCUGUAAUGUCAGUCUUUUAUAGAAUUAAAAGCUCUGAUUCUGAUA